AUGCUACAGAUAUUCAAUACUUUUAACCUUUACAGAAAAAACAACUGGGAAGAGAAACUGCCACUGAAUAUUUACAGCACGUUGCUGACGUGUUCGUUGACACACGGGAAGUUGCGCACGACCGAACUCACUGUAGUCGUGGAGGUUGGGCAGCCAAAAUGCACAAACAAAGUGGGGCAAACAAGCAUCACAGUAGAAUUCAGAAGGAUCAUGUCCUCCAGAAGUCACCGAUGCAAGCAGGUCAGCUGGUGCUUGGAACCAUCACUUCCUGAAACUGCCACACCAGAUCCUGACCCAAACAACAGAAUUCUGCCCCAAGUUCACAUGUCACCACCACAAGCCUGUGGAGGAGCACCUGAUGAAGAGGAUUUGAAAAAGCAGUCCACGGACCAAUCUGGUUUCGGUCCACAAAAUGCUUGUCUUCACCGGAGCAGCCCGGUCAUCUCCAGACGCUGCAGACAUGGCUUCUGUAGUGGCGCCACCUUGGCCGAGGUCCCUGAUGGCCCUAUCGGAGGCACCCUCAAUAACCACAUGGCCCUGAUAAAAAUGGGCUGCGCCUGUCGAGGAUUGGCCACCAGGUUGCACCUUCUUGUUGGCGGCAAAUUCCGAUUGGCUGAGAAGAAGCACAUCGAGGGGCGGGUGGGCCGCUGCAGUGCCCAAUGGGAGAUGGAAAAGGAAAAUGCUCACCUGCUGAUGGUGGACUUGGUGCUAGAGAUGUUGGAAGUCAUCCAGUGGAACCUGACCAAUACAAAAAGGACGUCGCCAAGGCCUCAACGUCCAAGUAGCAAACAAGGAAAACACCGUGAUGAUGAGACUGUGGAUGACCGCCAGGAUCAACACAGAUACACACCAAUCUACUCUGAGGUCACACAGUUGGAAGGCAGUGAUGGUGAGGCUCACUCCUCGCAUUUCUCCCUACUCUGGAAAGCUGAGUGCCUUGCCCGACAGCUGCUACUGGACUUCGGGAGGAGGUGGUUUUCCUCCCAGUACCCUCCAUUGUGACACAGGAGGGAAUUAAGGUCUUGGCGCAUUUAAUAAAUGGGAAGUAUACAAUUGUUCAAGGCUAGGUGGUCCAGUCCCCAAUCGAGGCCAUCAGUGAAUUUUCACUUCUUCUUUCAUGCUUUGCUUUGUAGAGUUGUAGAGUUUCUUUAUUAGUGUAAUGAAGACUGGAGUUCGGAAGGUAGGAUUAGGCCACAGCUGUAGAAAACAAAAUCAUCUCUGUCAAUGGGAAGAUCCACACCAUGGACCCCAUUCCUGGCAUUGCCUUGCUUGCCUUGGCUGGGGUCAGUCUUUGGGCUUUUUUAAGCGGAUUUUUCGCAGAUUGUUUGUUGUGUGGCUACAAUGUGGUAGCAGUAUUUCUUUUCUACGGGGUUGGGUUGGUCCAAUACAGGAUUAAGGAUUUAGGGUUUGUGUUAAAUACUGAGUGAGAGUAUUUUACAGAUAGGACGUAAGUGUUAGGAGAAUAAGGGAUUGGCGUUGGGGUUAUAGUUACUAAACACUGGUGAAAGCGAUCAAUACUCGCUGUGUGAUGAUGUUGAUAUGUGCCCUGCAACUGACUGGCGACCAGUUCAGGGUGUAGUCUGCGUUUUGCCCGAAGUUAGCUGGGAUAGGCUCCAGGAUUAUCGUGACACUUGUGAGGCUAAGCAGCCAGUAGAAUGGAUGGAUGGUCAGGGCUUUGGGUUAGUUUACAAACUUACUGGCCUGAACUCACACCCCAAUGGUGGCUGCCGGCGAGUUUACAAGUUUAGACCUUUUCACAUUGCACUUGCUCAGUGUGAACUCGGAAAUAAUUGUUUGUCAUUGUUGGAAAAGAAAGCCCUGACUUCACCCCCCCCCCCCGUGUCCAUGUCGUUCCCAAUUGUUACACCAGGUGGAAGCAAACACCUGGAUUUAUUUCCACUAACGUUUGCGUUGAAAGAGCUUCAAGUCUUGCAGCUUUAAUAAUGCCAAGUGCGCCCCGGUAAGUUAUUCCAAAUGAAUAUUACUGGGUUGUAGAUUUGCAGCAUGUAGAAAACCUCACACAACAUUAGAGGUGCUUUGAAGAUUUUUUUUUGUCAUUUAUCCAUAUAUUCAAUUGAAAAUUAAGAACGUUUUCACAAAUGGUCAAUGUGUCAGUUACUCCCCUGUUUGGAUUUUGCAUAUUUUUGUAGCCUAUUUGAUGAACACUCAUCUAUUCGCUGUGUUGGGGUUCUGGUCAAAGCAAUAUAACUAUUGCUUUGGUGCCAUCUGGUGGCAUCAUGGUGCUGAAGCGUGUUUCAAGAGCUUUAUUUAGUACGUGAUCACUGCUCUCUUGUGGGCUAUAAAUGCCAUUAAACUGCUGUCUAAACUGUUC